AUGGGCUCCUUAUUAUCACAUUUGAGCAAAGGAAGCGGUGACGCUGCGAUACCAGACUUAAAUAUCGAUCUUGAAAAUGCAACCCCCACACCAGCAGAAUUAGCUUUAUAUGGUCAUGUAUCUACACUUCUUAGGCCAACAAUUACACUUUUAGACUCUCUACGGCGUUACGAGGGAUGCGGAGAUCUCAUUCGAAAAGCGAUAUCUAACCCUACUCCUGAAAAUGAAGAAGAAGCAUGGCAAGCCGUUCAACCGGCUGUUGAUAAACUAAAACGUUACUUUGAAUAUUCUGCUUCGAUGGGCAA